AUGAAGUUGAAAAUGUUAAAAAAAAUCAAAAAAUUCUACAAAAAAUUAAAAAAUCGUAAACCUCCUAUUUCAGCACCACUACCUGUUAAUAAUCACAAUCAACCUCCUACUGUUGUUGCAACAAAUAAUUAUAAUACACUUACUACUGCCAUUACAACAAAUAAUUAUUAUACACCUGCUACUAAUUAUAUUCCACCUGCACUUGUUGCUGGUGAAAAUCCUACAACUUUACUAAAGGUUUUAUAUUCAAGUGAUUCCCAAUAUCAAAAUAUCGAAAAAGAGUUUAAGGCUCAUCUUGCAAUUCUUUCGACUGCUACCACUGCACCAAAAAUCGUUUCAAUCAUCGAGAUUGAUAUGCCAGUUACCAUCAAAAAAAUUCAUUCAGAUUAUAAAUCCAAGCAUCCCCUUUUAGUUCCACGUAGAUUAUACCAUGGCACAAAGCACUGUUGUGAUUUGAGGUUGAUUAAAGAUUGUAAAGAUCUAUGCACAAAUCUUACUUGCAACGCUUGUGGAAUUAUUAAAAAUGGAUUGAGAACGAUUCAUUCCCAUAGUCCUGUUAAUGGGAUUAAACAUUUGUGGUUUGGGCCAACACCGCGUGUUUCUCAUGAUUAUACGGGAGCGAGGGUUACGACAUAUAAUUCGUUCAGAGCAAUGUUUGUAGUUGACGUGGUUUCAGGAAUUGAUUAUGGUGGAGCAGUAAUUUUAAAAGAUGAAAUGGUAAAUAAAUAA